AUGGCCACCAUCACACCACUUUCCAACCCGCCUGAAGAGGCUGCUAUAGCAAAAUUAUACAGUGUUGCUGACGGUGAUGCGCUCCAGGUUGCUUCAUCCAAAGGCUGUGAGCGGAGUGUACAGCUACUACUAGAAAAAGGCGCCGAUGUCAACGCGCAAGGUGGAUCAUACGGCAAUGCAUUAUAUGCCGCGUCAUUGAAUGGCCAUGAGAAGACUGUGCGGCUUUUAUUAGAGAAAGGCGCCGAUAUCAAUGCGCAGGGCGGGUUUUACGGAAACGCACUAUAUGUCACAACAUCGGGUAGCCGGGAAAGCUUAGUACGGCACAUGUUGGAGAAUGGAGUCGACAUCACUGCCGAGGGUGUUAAAAACAGCGUUUGGCAUCGGAUAUUGAGCAGAGGCCCCGAGAUCAAUGUCCGGAGCGGCAGUCGUGGCAAUGCACUUUAUGCUGCUUCGAUGGAAGGCCACGAGCAGAUUGUACAGCUGCUGUUGCAGAAUGGUGCUGAUGUUAAUGCCCAAGGGGGAAUUUACGGAAAUGCACUAUAUGCUGCCUUGUCGAAAGGGCAUAUCGGAGUUGUAUACCUGUUGGUAGAGAACGGUGCUGAUGUCAACACCUCAGGUGGUCACUACGGCAAUCCUCUCCAGCUUGCUUCAUCGAAAGGCCUUUGUGCAGUUAUACAACGCCUGUUGGAGAAAGGAGCUGAUGUCAACACACAAGGUGGCCAUUAUGGCAAUGCACUCCAGGCUGCUUCUUCUGAAAGUCAUCAACAGAUUGUGCAGCUGUUGUUACAGAAAGGCGCUGAUGUUAACGCGCAAGGUGGCUACCACGGUAAUGCGCUCCAAGCGGCUUCGUCUGCCGGCCAUAAACAGAUUGUGCGGCUGUUGCUUGAGAGUGGUGCCGAUGUUAAUGCACAAGGAGGCCAAUGGGAUAAUGUAAUGUAUGCUGCUGUAUCGGACGGUCAUAUGGAGAUUGGUCAGCUGCUAUUGGAAAACGGUUGGAAAAAGUUGCCGAUGACAACAUCCUGGCCCGUAUUAGACUACUUUAUCACUCAAUUGUCUAAGCAGGCAUGA